CAUUCGUACAUCAUGUAUAUUUUCUAGUAAUUUAUUACUUACACCAAGAUGUAUAAACACUCAAUCAUAGAAAAUCAUACAUAUGUGUUGUUAUGUCUCCAAUGAUUUGGGGAUUGGUGCUGUUGAUUUUUGCUCCUCAGACUGGAUUAUUAGCGGUAUUCCUAAUAACAGUGGGCAUAGCAGGUGCAGGCCGUACUCUAAAAGCAUUUCUUGCUGAUCACGUAAUCGAGCCUACAGAAGAAAACACAAGCAUUGUUGUUGAUGAUGGCCAAGUUACGGUCCACACAAAUUCGUGGUGGGUUGUUGCUUUUUUUAUGGGUGCCGCGAUUUCUUUGACAAGUUCAUCACUUUUCCAUUACCAAUAUAAAACAGCUUUCAUAGUUUCAGCAACAUUGAUGGGAGUUACUUCUGUAUUGUUUUGGUCUGGCUUCUCCUUUUACCACCUCUGUACACCAACUGGGAGCCCUCUUUCCAUUGUCUAUAGAGUUGUUAAGGUGGCCAUGUUGAAUAGGCGUCGAGAUUACCCUCCUAAUGCCAGUGGCUACUUCAAGAAAGAUAGCAAUGAAGUACUUCUGUUGCCUCACAAUCCAAUCUUCAAGUCUUCAGGUAUGUGCUUAGACAAAGCUGCAAUUCCUAAAACUUCCAUUCCCGACCAAGAAGAGCAGCAAGGGAUACUUUGCUCAGUAGAAGAAGUGAAUCGAGUGAAGAGACUUUUAGCAUUGCUACCCAUGUGGACAACCUUACUUGUCUAUGCUCUUGUAGAGGCAACAGGCUCCACUUUCUUUAUUGAGCAAAGUGACAGCUUGGAGGCUAUUAAAUUCCUUGGCUUGACAUUGUCCAUAAAUGCUUUCCCCGCAUUUAAAUCAGUGGUAAGUUCCCUAGUUUCAUGCUUGUUCAGGGUCUCGAUUCCCAAGAAGUGGAAGGAAAAUAAAGAGAAGCAUCAACUUGUUACUUUGUUGAGAAUUGGUCUGGGGAUGGUGUGUUCUAUAUUAUGUUGUGUUACUGCUUCCAAGGUUGGGGUUCGCAGAUUGAACUCUAUUCAUAAUAGUAAUUCAAUGAGCAUGUCAUGGCUAUUUCCACAGUUUACGUUGUUAGGAGUCAUGGAAGGGACGGUUCAUUCUGGGCUAGUUGAAUUUUUUAAUAGUCAAGUAGAUGAAUCUAUGAAGCAUUGUGAAUCAUCAUUGAACGAUUGUAUUCUGGGUAUUGGAAAGUUCUUGAGUGUGAUAUGUGCGUUUGCGUCCAUAAGCUGGUUUGGUGAUACUGUAAACGAAAGUCGCUUGGAUAAAUAUUACCUUGUGCCAGUGGUGCUAAGCUGUGGUAACCUAUACUUUUAUGUGCUGGUUGGGUUAGCCUAUGCAAGGAAAGAAGCCCCUCCGCAGGAUGAGAUGGAUGAGGUGGAUAUUGAACUGGUUGGUGCAGAGUAUGUGACUCGUUCCACCUCCACAAACCCUGCAAUCACCAAUAUUAUGAUGGAUGAUAAGAAUCUGCGAUCGCGCUCCCUUGAAGUUGAAGGAUAUAGUAGUGAUAUCAACAACAAGAAACUUCUCUUACGCUCUCGCACAUUUAAAUGAGCAAUGGUUAGGCAUCAUUUGAUUCAGUUUGUGUCUUCAAAUCAAAAUAAAUGUUCAUAGAUUUAGUUUCUACAGCUUACGUUGAAUUUAUUUAGCAGGCAAUUUAAUGUUGUAAGGUUUUAUAAUUUUAUGCCUCAUCUGGUUUUAUCAAACAUUUCUGGAUAUCCCUACCUUCCUCAUCUGUCAAGAUAUGUUGCAGAAACCUUUUGUCAGGUGGUGGAAGACAAUUUAGCUGCUUUGACACCCAAUUUAUUGUUGAAAUACAAAUAUGCAAAGCCAACUCAUCCAAA